AUGCGGCGGGACGGGGAGGGGGGGGGGGUGGCCUUCGCCACGCAGCUCGCCUGGGCGGGCCGCGUCCUCACGGCGGACGGCGUCGUCGAGGUGGAGCACGUCUUCAACACCCCGUUUGAGUUCGUCUACACCGACGGGCCCGGCGCGACGGGGCUGGUGAGGCUUGUGGUCACCGCCUUCUCGCAGGGCUCCGACGGGGGCGACCCUCCGUCCUCGGUGGGGUAUUGCUGCGUCUCCCUGCCCUCUGCGGUGCCUGGGAGGCAUCGCGUUCAGUCGCCGAUGUGGGCGCCGCACCGUACGGGAGAGGAGUACGUUCAAUCCGCGCUCGUGGGUGGGGCGCCCAGUCUCGUUGAUGCCUGGGAGAGCGGACCCCCUCUUUCGGGGCAGACGGGCAUCGGGGUGAAGCUCGGCCUCACGACUGACGGCGUCGGCACGCUGCACCUGACGCUGAAUGUGAUCCAUCAGAGGAGUUGCUGA